AAAUCUACAUCAGUUUGUAGCUACACACAAAACUAGCAAAAGCUUUGGUCUUUCAUAAUUUCUCCAGAGGAAACAAUCGCAAAUUUAUAAAGAACCGCAAAAUGAAUUUCAAUAAAUUAUUUGUUUUCGUUGCCUUAGUCUUGGCUGUUUGCAUUGGACAAAGUGAAGCUGGUUGGUUGAAAAAAAUCGGCAAGAAAAUUGAACGUGUUGGUCAACAUACCCGUGAUGCUACAAUUCAAACUAUUGGUGUGGCCCAGCAGGCAGCUAAUGUUGCCGCCACAUUAAAGGGUUAAUAUUCUCGAGUCAAUAUCAAUAAAAAAUAAUG